AUGGAGAGGUACAAUAUUCAUUAAAUAUUUCCCAGUUAACAAAUCAAUCCAGUUGAGCAAUCCUUACUCAAUAAUUCUUAGGCUUUCCAUCCCCAAGUCAAUUUAUCUUCAAUCUUAGAUGAAAUGGUCAAGAAAGGAAUAGGGAAUUAGGAUAUUGAUAUAUUUGUUGAAUAUGUGACUAAAAAUUUUGAGACAUUUUGGGAAAUGUUAAUAAUCAUCAAUUUUGAUGAAUCCUCCCAAAAUGGCAAUCAUCCCUUUAUCCUCACUGAAAUACUCAGGAUGAAGUCCGAAGAGAUCUUUAAUCAUCUCUUUCAAUUCAAUCAGAUUGAGUAUAUGGAUUCCAUGAAUUUCCUAUUCCAAACUCUUGAUAGAGACUGUUUAGAUGAGACUGUUGCUGGUUAUUUUUCAAAAGUCAUUUGUAGUUUUAUGCAAGUUAGGGGGGCAGACCUUUGGAAAUAUUUAUAAACAAAUGGAAAAUAUAUUUAUGAGGAUCUGAUGAAGAAUCUUCACAUUAAUCAUAUUGCUGAUGUUGUUUAUAAUCUAAUAGCAUUUUUUAACAAGGGCGAUCAAGGUUAGAAUUAUAAUUAAGAAAGACUCACUUUGUUAAAUAGAACUAUUGAAAUUCUAUUAAAUAAAGGUUACGAUUUAUAAAUCGUUGAAAAUGUAUGCAACAUCCUGAUAGACUUAUUGAGAAACCUAACAGAUUGGGAAUUCAAAUAGAUGAUGCUUGAUAAGCUGUACAUUCCUGAUUCCUUCUUUAAUUUGAUAUUUCUCACAAAGUCGCAUCUCUUGGCCGACCUUCUAAUAUAGCUACUCUACGAAUCUCAAUAAUUUACAUUCCUCGCCUAAUAGACUUAGCCACAUUUUUAAUUUGACUAUCAACAAUAUGAGGUCAUUGGCAGGAAAUUCAGUCAAGCCCUUACGAUGGAACUUAAUUUAAAUAGCUUCACUACAUCCUAUGGAAUCUAAUCGGAAAUUUUUGGUUAAACAAAGAUCAAACUCAUCCAAUUCUACCUUAAUAUUAUCUAAAGCAAUAAUUUGACUCUGAUAAACUACUUCAAUCAUUAGGAUAUUUUUAAAAAUCUAAUGUAGUUUAUUUUAUAGUAUGAAUUCAACAAUUAACUUUAAAAUUAUUUUAUGCACAUCAUUUAUUGCAUCUUUUGCAAUAAUAACUUAGAAUAUGUAUAAUAAUAAUUGAUCUAUGAAUUGAACAUAUUAGGAUUCUUGAGCUACCUUAAUUAACAAUAUUAUAAACAAGUAGGUUCGAUAAGAAAACCUAUCACAAAAGGCUACUAGGGUAUGGCCAACAAAUUGUCCUUAUUUUUCAAAGAUGUAAUAUAUACAGAGGAGUGGAAUCAAUACAUUCAAAAUCAUCAAUAAAUUUUUAAUAUUGAGAAUAAUUAUUUCUUUGGCAUUAUACCACCAAAAGAAGAGAAAAAAGAAGAGAAUAUUGAACAAGGAGGUUUGAUAAAACCUGAAUAAAUAGAGAAGGAAGAAGAAUCUCCCCAAUAGGAUACAGAAGACAAUUUUUCUAUUUAAUUAAAAGAGGAUUAAGAUAUGAAAUUAACCAUCUCUUUAGUUCAAUAAGAAGUGAUGUUGGCGGAGAAUAAUUUUUAAGAUCAGUCUAAUUUGGGAGAGGUGUUUGGAGAGUAGAUUCUCAAUUAAAAUGCAAAAUAAAAAUAAAAUAUGUCAAAGAGUUAAUAACUUGUAAUUCCUAAAAUUUUUGAUUUUGGUACUAAAUUUCAAAGGUAGUCGCCUACUUCUAUUGAGAGUAACAAUAAAAAUAAGAGAUCUAAAUCCUAAGAGAAAGUUUAAAAAGGCUAGAUAGUUUCUAUUACUUCAAGCUUUAUAUUGCCUAGAAGAGUAGAAACAAAUAAGAGUCAAGAGAUCAUUAAUUGA